AUGGAGGGUAUCCAAAUCAUUUGGGAUAAUGUCAAUCGACGUCUGCCAGUUGUGAUCAGAGCUGCUGACAACGCCGGGAACAACGCUGGCCAUGCAGCCCCCAACCAAGCAGCCCCGAACCAAGCAGCCCCAAACCAAGCAGCCCCGAACCAAGCAGCUCUAAAUCGAGCAGCUCCGAAUCAAGCAGCCCCCAACGCUAACGCAAAUCCGGAAGUCGUCGCACCACAACCAGCUCCACUUCCACCACCAACUCGAACCUACGUCGCUCCAUUCCCAAUUGUCACUAACUGUGAAUUCAACAUGGCAAAUCCGGAGGCUCAACUUGACUGUGGCCAAUGGGGUGGUCUCACCUGGGACAUUGUCUACAAGAGUUUCAACACAAACGGGAAUUAUGCAUCCGGAACGAGCGCGGUGGUGUUUAGAGGAAUGGGAAAGAAAACCUACAGAGUUCACUUCAAAUAUGAUUUGACCCAGACGUCAGCCAAAGAGAUGUGGAUGAGAGAUCAAAAUGUCAUGAUCGACGAUGAGCACCCGUACUUCCUUUGUAAUAAUACUAUCGACAGCACUACUAGAAGAGAUGAUUUGCCAAAAACCGUGGCAUUCAACCUUUCGAUUGAAUUUAUCGAGCCUGUCGAAAAGUUCGAAUAUGACUACCAGAAAUGGCCACCUGGUCAGUAUUGGUUCCAAUACAGAAACGAUUAUUCUGUAAGAUGUGAUUCGUCUGCGCUCGAGCGUAUUCAUCCUAAGUACAGCGGUUUUUUGCGAAAUUUCGGAAGAUUGUCAAAAAAAGAGGCGUUCGCUUUUUACGAGUUUCUCGGAGUUAUGACCCAUAAUUGGUACAUUGGAACACCGAAAUACGAUGAGGUUAUGUUGAACGGAUACAAACUUGGAUUCACUGGACAAUGGGGUUCCUAUGACAAACCGUCGUCUUCACUGGAUUUCAAGGCGCGAACCAUUCUCCCGGGUUAUCAGCAUAUUACAAACGAGGUUUCAGCCAGACAGGAAACGUUCCGUGAGGGUUUAGCUAUUGGAGUUUGCGACAUGUUCGAUUUGAAACUGAAUGCCAACCAUCCAAUGAUGCGGACCCAGGUUGAGGAGUUGAAACCGAUGAGAGAGCAUCGAGGACAAGUAUCUUUCUACAUCGAAGACAGCGUUUCGGGACCACUGUUGAUGACGGGAGUAUUAAUCCAAGGGCGGAAUCGUCAACAUGCCAAAUUGAAGGUGACGCUUUUUCGGAAAAAAGAGAGCAUUGAUAUAAUCACCACCUAUCGUAUCAUUGACACCCACCAAAAAACUAUUGGGGUCAUCAUCUCUAUUCUCGAUGAGGAGUUUACCGCUGCAUUGGCUGCUGGAGAGCUUAGCGUCGCCAUUCAACUCCACCUACACGGAACAAAAAAUACUUAUAUUCACAACCACGUCGAAGAAUUUGAUACCACUACACCAUACAGGAUGCCAGGACCAAUUACUGGAUAUCUCAAUUGUCGUGACGGAGAAAGGAUUGCGGUCUGCAAAGAGUUCCUCGCAAUUCAUUGUGAGCAGCUUCAAAUGAUGUUCUACAGUACUGACUUUUCGGAUUGUGGAGGUGAUGAGAUCAAUGUCGAUGAAGACAGUGAUGUGGUGUUGGAUGCUUUGGACAUCAUUUGGCACAGAAGCAAGAGUGUUCAGUUGAAGACAUUGCGCAGAGUUUUAGAGCUUGGCGGAUACUGGCUUUGCAGACGAAUCCAAAUAUUCAUCGAAAUGGCCAUCAUGCACUCUUCCCUGGUUACACCAACAGUCAAAGUGGAGCUCGCGCAUACGUAUGAUCUGCAAGUCAUCAAAUAUGCAAUUCGUCAUCCUGAGUUAGCUUCAACCUACAAAUGGGAAGUCAGUGCCGAGGAUAAGGCUCGUAUCGCUCUCCCGGCAGCCAACGAAAUCGAUGGAGGAAUCGAUGGCAGACCAUUUUAA